AUGAAUGGGCGCCUCGCGGCGACAGGGGUGAAGGGCGGGGGACAGGAAGGAGGCGACGCUUUUUGUGUCCGCGAGUUUCAAGGAAUCGAUGCCUUUUCAGUUCGUUUAUACUUCUGUCGAGCAGAAUGCGAAUCCGAUUCGAUUCCGAUUCUUCUCGAGGCAACGCUUUUUGCUCUUCGCCGGUUCCGAGAAAGCGUCGGCGCGGACAUGGAAGGAAAGACGCCACGUCCCGGGCGGGGAGUACUUUGUCCGUUGACGUAA